CAAUAUUUGCCAGCAUGUCAACAGUUCACACCAUACGGCUAAUGAUUGAAUUUGGACAUCAAGUUGACAAUUCUACAUCUACCAUUCAAGGUCUCUAGAUCUAAACAAUGGGUUCUAUUAAGGUUCCACGACUAGAUUUGGAGGAUUUUUGACAUCAAGUUGACAAUUCUACAUCUACCAUUCAGCGUCUCUAGAUCUAAACAAUGGGUUCUAUUAAGGUUCCACGACUAGAUUUGGAGGAUUUUGGACAUCAAGUUGACAAUUCUACAUCUACCAUUCAGCGUCUCUAUCAACUGUACUGUGAUCCUGUAUUAAGUGACUUACAGCUUAUUGUGGGCCAGAAAUCAUAUUUUGCCCAUAAAUUAAUUUUGAGUAUAAGUAGCGAUGUUUUUAAGACAAUGCUGACAAGUCCUACUUGGCCAGAAGCAUAUACUGAUAAAAUUUAUUUGGAAGAGGAGCCUCAUUGUGGACUUGUUUUUGAAGAUUUUCUACAGUAUUUGUACACAGGAAAGGUUCAUCUGAGUCAUACAAGCGUUUUACCGGUAAUAAUUCUGGCCGAUAAAUAUAACAUUAGUGACUUAUCAGCCGUUUGUGUAGAAUACAUGUGUAAUCAUUUAACUGCACCGAGGACAGAAAGUUGUGUGUUAUCUUGGCUGAAUUACUCUGUCAUGUGUAACCAUAGAAACUUGGAGAAAGUAUGUGAAAGUUAUAUCACAGCAAAUUUUCAGUAUGUCAUGGAAACUGAUGAGUUUUUAACAAUAUCUUUCGAUUUGUUAUUAAAGUUUUUGAAAUCAUCAGACAUUGUUAUAACAAGUGAAAUAUCCCUAUACCAGUAUGCCAUGAAAUGGGCGGAGAAGAAUAUUCUACCUUCCAUCAAACCAGAGACUUAUUUACCUGAAAACCUGAGCUUGUUGAUGCAAAUAGUUUUAUCAAUAAGGCAAUGUCUUAUGUCAAGGGAAGAUUUGUUAUUAUUUCAGAGUGGUACGAAGCAGAUAGCUGAAUAUUUACAUAAAGUAACGGGAGUUAGCUGCUUUCCAGAAAUAAAAAGCGAGCAAUACCAAAAUUUAAAAUCACCCCUGUCUGCGUUGAUUAAAACAACAGGGAGCAAUACUUCUCCAAGGAUAUAUACUUGUGAUGCAUGGUGUACUGAAAUUAGCGUACCAAAUGUUAAUGAGGUUCAACCAGGGGAAAUAUUGGGAGCAUUCUACUCUACGCCAAGUUCUUUUAAAGCUGACAGUGAUGAAAGCUGGGAUUGGCAUAUUGAUCUUUAUCCUAGGGGUGUUUUAUUUCGUGGUUGCAUGAUGAUUGGUCACUAUGGUAACCACAGUAUUGAUGAGGUGAUCUAUGAACGAGUCCGUCUGGCUAUUUCAUCAAAUUCAUCUGAUUGCAGAUCUGUAAAAGUGACCGUCUUAGUUUAUGGACUUCAGAAUGGUGUUGAAUAUGUUGUAAAGGCAAUAACAAAAACAUGCCUUUUCACUUCAGAACAUGUAAUCCAUCAUGUCAAUGACCUUGUGGCUUUCAGUGACCUUGAAUCUAAACAGUCUCCAUUUCUCUUGGGUGAAGAUCAUAAUGAAUUUAAAAUCAAAAUAAUCAUCAGGCCUUUUAGUUCUCUAAUUGCAUGAAAUAAACAUGAUAAGUGGCACAUGUGUAUUACAAUUUAGCGGUUUAACACACAGUUACAAGUAUGUUAACUUACAAUACUGUUUAGUUUAAUUAAUGAUGUUAUUUUUUGGAGGAUGUUAAGUUGCCAUAUUUGUAUAAUUAACAGUUGUGCAUGUAAUAGUUUUAAGUUUUAUAUUUGUUAUAUUGUUUCUUAACCAUGUUUACCAGAGCAUUUGUUAACAUUGUAUUAUAACAGAGGCACAAUUAAUUAUUGUUUACCAGAGCAUUUGUUAACAUUGUAUUAUAACAGAGGCACAAUUAAUUGUUGUUUACCAGAGCAUUUGUUAACAUUGUACUAUAACAGAGGCACAAUUAAUUGUUGUUUACCAUGUUUACCAGAGCAUUUAACAUUGUAUUAUAACAGAGGCACAAUUAAUUGUUGUUUACCAGAGCAUUUGUUUAUAUAUUAUAUCUUAUUAUUUUUAGAUUACAUCUGAUCUUCAGUUAAGUCCAUGUUUAUUACUAUGUCAGAUUUAUUUGUAUGUUACUUUUAUACUUGUUUAUGAUGUUAUAUAUAAAUACAUUUUAAUAGUUUGCAUGAAAGAAAAAGAUAUCAGCGGGGACAGUGGAAAAUGUAAUUCAAACUUUCAUAUCUGUAUAGAGCAAUCAUGUAUUGUUUGACAUAAAUUUUAUUGUACCCUUGGCGAGCAGGAAAUCUUUCAUCAAUGUCUAAUAUUGAAUAGUGUUAUAAUGUAUGCUCUGUCAUUGCUUGUAAGGCAUAUCAUGGGACUUUGUUUUUCACUUGUGGAUCAGAUGUCAUUUUCCUUAACAGAAGUAUUUGAGCACUACCGUGAUUAAACAUGUUAUAGGGCCAGUAUUAUUUAAGUUAGUGUUUGCUAUGGUUAUAUUUUUGUUGAAUUGCAUGUUAUUAGAAGAUUGUGCUUUCUAAAAAAAGCAUGUAGGGCAGCAAUG